UUGAAAACUUCCCAAACGCAUUUAGCUCAUUUAGUUUGUGUUGAGUGUUCUCUCUCUUCUCUAGGUUUUGGGGGAUUUAGGGUUCUGUUUGUUUGGUCUCUGCCACUGUUUUUCACUUAUCUGGAUAUGGAUUUGUUUGAGCCAGAUGGAAAUGGGAAGGAGGAGUUGUUUGAGCCAGAUGGAAAUGGGAAGGAGGAGUUGUUUGAGCCAGAUGGAAAUGGGAAGGAGGAGUCUUUGCCACCACCGCCUCCCAUUGUCCCCUCAGAUGUUGUACCAGUCAAAGCAGAAGAGGUGCUCGCUGCCCCUGCUGAACCUGUCAAGAAAAAGGUUUCCCGUGUUCCAAUAGCCAGACGAGGCUUGGGAUCAAAAGGAACGAAGAUAUCUCUUCAAACCAAUCACUUCAAAGUUAAUGUCACUAACAAUGAUGGACAUUUCUUCCAUUAUAGUGUGUCUUUUUCUUAUGAAGAUGGACGUCCUGUAGAAGGUAAGGGGGUAGGGAGAAAAAUAAUGGACAGGGUGCAGGAGACAUAUGGUUCUGAAUUAAAUGGUAAGGACUUUGCUUACGAUGGCGAGAAAAGUCUGUUUACAAUUGGCUCUCUUCCUAGAAACAAGUUUGAGUUUGAAGUUGUUUUAGAGGAUGUCACAUCUAACAGAAAUAAUGGCAAUUGUAGCCCUGAUGGUCAUGGCGACAAUGAGAGUGACAAAAAGAGGAUGCGGCGCCCAUACCGUGCAAAGACAUUUAAAGUAGAGAUUAGCUUUGCCGCAAAAAUUCCAAUGCAAGCCAUAGCCAAUGCCUUACGUGGGCAGGAAUCAGAGAAUUUUCAAGAAGCCAUUAGAGUGCUCGAUAUCAUAUUGAGGCAACAUGCUGCUAAGCAAGGCUGUCUACUUGUACGUCAAUCUUUCUUCCACAAUAAUCCGAUGAAUUUUGCUGAUGUUGGAGGUGGUGUUCUGGGCUGUAGAGGAUUCCAUUCAAGUUUUAGAACUACACAGGGUGGCCUGUCCCUCAACAUAGAUGUCUCAACUACCAUGAUUAUUCAACCUGGGCCUGUGGUGGACUUCUUAAUUGCCAAUCAAAAUGUGAGAGAUCCCUUUCAACUUGACUGGGCAAAGGCCAAAAGGGCACUCAAAAACCUGAGGAUUAAAACCGGCCCAUCGAAUCAAGAGUACAGAAUUACUGGACUCAGUGAACUCCCAUGCAGAGAACAGACUUUUACUCUGAAGAACAAAGGUGGAAGGGAUGGUGAUGAUGGUGAUGAGGAAGUGACUGUUUUUGAUUAUUUUAUUAAUGUUCGUAAGAUGGAUCUUCGCUAUUCUGCUGAUCUUCCAUGUAUCAAUGUUGGCAAACCAAAACGGCCAACAUAUUUCCCCAUUGAGCUUUGUGAAUUGUUAUCCUUGCAACGUUAUACGAAAGCUCUGUCCAUAAAUCAAAGGACUUCACUAGUGGAGAGGUCCAGGCAGAAGCCACAAGAGAGGAUGAAAGUUUUGUCUGAAGCACUAAAAACCAGCAACUAUGGUUCUGAACCUAUGCUUCGUAAUUGUGGAAUUUCUAUUAGCACUGGCUUUACUCAAGUGGAGGGUCGUGUUUUGCCUGCUCCAAAGUUGAAGUUUGGCAAUGGUGAGGAUUUCAAUCCAAGGAAUGGAAGAUGGAAUUUUAACAAUAAGAAAUUUGUGCAGCCAACAAAAGUACAACGAUGGGCUGUGGCUAACUUUUCGGCACGCUGUGAUGCACAAGGGCUUGUGAGGGAUUUAAUUAGAAUUGGAGAAAUGAAAGGAAUUCUGAUAGAACCCCCAUUUGAUGUGUUUGAAGAGAAUGGUCAGUUUAGGCGUGCACCACCUAUGGUUAGAGUGGAUAAGAUGUUUGAGACCAUCGAGUCUAAACUUCCUGGAGCUCCUGAGUUCCUUCUCUGCUUGCUUCCUGAUCGGAAAAAUUGUGAAAUUUAUGGUCCAUGGAAAAAGAAGAAUCUUGCUGACUAUGGAAUUGUUAAUCAGUGCAUGUGUCCUACAAGGGUCAAUGACAAUUAUUUGACUAAUCUUUUGUUGAAGAUCAAUGCCAAGCUUGGUGGGUUGAAUUCAUUGUUAGGCGUCGAGCAUUCUCCUUCUCUUCCUGUUGUUUCCAAAGCUCCCACCCUUAUUCUAGGCAUGGAUGUGUCUCAUGGCUCGCCAGGCCAGUCUGAUAUUCCUUCAAUUGCUGCGGUGGUCAGCUCUAGACAGUGGCCUCUGAUAUCAAAGUAUAGGGCAUCUGUUCGAACCCAGUCUGCAAAGGUUGAAAUGAUAGAUAAUUUGUUCAAGCAAGUGUCUGAAAAGGAUGACGAAGGCAUCAUGAGGGAACUUUUGGUUGAUUUCUAUGUAAGUUCUGGGAAGAGAAAACCGGAUAAUAUAAUCAUAUUCAGGGAUGGUGUUAGUGAGUCGCAGUUCAAUCAAGUAUUGAAUAUCGAACUUGAUCAAAUCGUUGAGGCAUGUAAAUUUCUUGAUGAAAAGUGGACACCGAAAUUUGUGGUAAUUGUUGCUCAGAAGAACCACCACACAAGAUUCUUCCAGUCUGGCUCUCCUGACAAUGUCCCACCUGGAACUUUGAUCGACAAUAGAAUUUGUCAUCCCAGAAAUUAUGAUUUCUACCUAUGUGCACAUGCUGGAAUGAUAGGUACCAGUAGGCCUACACACUACCAUGUGCUGUUAGAUGAGGUUGGUUUCUCAUGUGAUGAACUACAAGAGCUUGUCCAUAAUCUAUCAUACGUGUAUCAGAGAAGCACCACUGCCAUUUCUGUUGUUGCUCCAAUAUGCUAUGCACAUUUGGCUGCAACUCAGUUGGGGCAGUUCAUGAAAUUUGAGGACAAAUCUGAGACAUCUUCAAGCCAUGGUGGACUAAGUGCUGCUGGAGCUGUCCCUGUACCCCAACUGCCCAAACUGCAGGAAAAAGUCUGCAACUCAAUGUUCUUUUGUUGAGGCCUAUAAGCUGCCUCUCUAGAGACAAGUAAUGACAGAAUGCUGUACAUAAAACUAUGUUCCAAUCUAGCUUCCAGUGGACAGUUAAAAUUAUGUGGGAUACUUGUUAUCAAGUGGAGGGCUUUUAGCACAAGCCUUCUCGUUUUGGUGGACAGUUAAAAUUAUGUGGGAUACUUGUGUGCAGAUGGAGGGCUUUUAGCACAAGCCUUGUCGUGUUUGACUGUUUGUAUCCCAUUUCAUUUUGUGCUUGGUGACGUAUUUAUGGUGUUUUCAAAAUAUGUGAUGUUAUGGAUAUUUUGUAAUGUUUGGAGUUUUUAAGUUGUGAUGUGUACACCUCGUUGCGAUUGGACCCUCCAUAAUAUAA